CAGGUGAUACAAGAUGGAAGACGGUGACAAUAAAGUGGAUAUCCAGCUAAGUAAAGAUAGAAAAUCGUAUGCCGGCAUACCGGAGGCCGAUUUCGUCGACGAUGUUGAAGUUUUCAUGGCAAAACCAGAAAAUGAGUCUGUGCAGAAAGUACUCAGAAAGUUUGACGAGAGUCACGGGAAAUACAAAUUUAUGGAGUAUAAUUUGGUCAAUAAGAAAAGACGAUUGAGAACCCAAAUACCUGACUUAGAAAGGUCAUUAGAAAUGAUUGAGAAAUUACAAAUGGAAAAGAACAAUAGCCACAACUUGGAAACUCAGUUUUUACUGUCCGAGCAAGUUUAUGCAAAAGCUAUAAUACCACCCACAGAUAAAGUAUGUUUAUGGCUGGGUGCCAAUGUGAUGCUAGAAUAUACUUUAGAUGAUGCGCAAGAAGUAUUGACCAAAAAUAUUGAAGCAGCCAAGAAGAAUUUAGGAUAUGUAGAGCACGAUCUGGACUUUGUUCGAGAUCAAUUUACCACUAUGGAAGUAAACAUGGCACGCAUUUAUAAUUGGGAUGUGAAACGCAAACAAGCAGCAAAAUCAACAUGAAACUCUUAAUUGUGAUUAUAUGAGAUUUGCCUAAAAUCUAAGAUGAAUAUCCAUUAUGAAUCAAGUUGAAGAACAUAUAGCACCAACAAAAUUUCGGAUAAAGAUUUCAGAAAUGCAUCUAAUUAUAAAUUCUGAAUACAUCAAUAUUUCUGUAUAUUAUUACAAAUAUAUCUGGAUUUCUAACUAAAGUUUUUGUAAUUUUAUUUUA